UUUUUCAAAGUAACUAUGUUGCUUUCCUCUAAUUAGAAUAGAACAUCACAAGGGUUUCAAUCUCUCUCUCUGAUGAUGAUGAAGGCCAAAUCAAUUGCUAGGGUUACCAACAUCAUCUCAUCUUUUCGCUUCGGUUAUGUAUCUGAAACCAAAGAUGACCGUUCACUUCAAGAAGUGUUCAAGUUGUUUGAUUUGAUCCACAUUGUUACUACUGACCACAAAAUCCUUACCAGAAUUGCUCAAGAAGUUGUCGAAGACUUUGCUACAGAGAAUGUGGUUUACUUGGAGUUAAAAACAACUCCGACGGAGCCCCUCAAAGUUUCUAGACUUCUCAAGGAAAUUAUUAAAGUCUCUUCUGGUUAUCAUCACUCCUCUGCCAUUACAGGUUUAUAUUUCUUGCUAGAUACUUCAUUUAUCAUGGUCUCAUUGGGCUCGAGAAUAUUUACAUGUUUUUCAUUCGAUAUUCAUUAUUUAAGCUACUUUAUAGAGUAUUAUAGUUAAUGUCUAAUCAGUGGUUUAAGCUUGUGUCUUGUUAAUAUUAUUUUGAACUCCCUUUCCUUCCACAAUGUAAAAUGCUACAUAUGCAAAUUAAAUCUAUUUUCUAGUUUCAGUUUUGACUUCUCAUUUAUGAAAGUCUACGUUAACGCUUAACAACUACGCAUCUUUGAUUAUUAAAUUAUUGUUGUAUCUCUUAAUGCCUAAUGGAUUCCUGUCAUAGGAAUCACGAUUCUUGUUCAACUUAUAAGAGGAGAUCUUAAAAAUUUUAUGUAUAUUUGGAAAGUGUUAUAGUCCUUCUGUAACAUAUAUUGCAUAGAUAAAAGCUUUCAAGCACUCUACUCUUUCCACAAGUGAUGGCACUGAUUAUUGCACUAGAAUGUGAUGGCAAUUGACUUUUAAAUAGUAAGUUCCUACUGUUUCUAAACUUUAAUUAUUAUUAUUAUUAUUAUUUUGGUUUUUGAGUUCUUUUGUGAUGGGACUUAAUGCUUGGUUUGGUUUUCUGAGCAAGGGAUCUAAAUCUGAUCACGUUAAUGGUACUUUGAAUGACAAUUUCCUCAGGUUUCCUCUAUUUGGUAAAGAUUCUGCUAUUUCUCUCCAACUAGAGCUGGUAGACAGAGCUGCUAUUUCUGCUAUUUCAGUCCAAGAAUUUCAUACUUGAUAAAGUGUGAGUUGAAUGGAUUAAUUUCGUACUAAAGAAUAUGAGUUGAAAUCCAACAUGUAAGUAUGAUAUAACUUUCGUUCUUUAAAUUGAUAAUAAAUAAUUUCUUUAGUUGGUUAGUUUUUUAUUUUGUUGUACACUGGGGUGAUCCUCCUAUUGUUAUCAUAGCAGCCACAAACCUAGAGUGAUCCUCCUGUUAAAAUUAGAAUUUUAUUUUUUUAUGAUGCUUUUAAAGGUUUUAUUUAUUUAUUUAUUUAUUUAUUUAAAAAAGAGAGACUCUAAUUUCUUCUAUAAUAGAUUGAAAGUUUCUUUUUAAACUUGUAAAUAAUAUAGAUUCUAAUUUGACUUGGAUUCUUUAUUUUGAAACCUUCUGAGUUGUGUUCUUGAUCUCUGCUACCCAUUUCCCAAAAGGCCUUUGUCUCACCCGAACAAACUUGCUUUUGUUGUUGUUGUUGCCACCUCUGUUUUCUGAAUGUGCUGCUGCUCUGUUUGGCACCUGAGAAACCUUCUCUUUGCUGCUUUUGGAGCUGAAGUUCCAUUAUAGAAAUUAUUAAGUUAAAAGUGUGUGUAUGUAUUUGCUGAUUGAAGAGAAGAGAAUGAAAGAAAGGAAAGAGGGGAGAGAGAGAAUUGAGGAGUGGGUGAUAUUCUACUUGAAAAUUUAAUUCAUGAACAAAAAGAUGUUUAAUUAUUGAUAACAACAGAUUUGCAUUAGUUGAAUCUCCAAUUUGUGAUCACAUGUGCUUACAUUUGUUAAGUUAUUUCUUACAUACAAAUUAGCUUGAUAAAUUGUUAUUUACAUACCAUUUGAUGUUUCUAAUGGAUGUCUCAAUUACUUCUUAGUUGAAAAAUCAAUGAUAAAAACAGUGGACUUAUAUUUAGAGAUAAUUUACGCUGAAAGUUGAAAAAAAAAAAAAA